UUCUACUUUUGUAAUUAAAAAAUUUUCCCUUCUAAAAAAAAAUAAUAUUAUCAUAGUUUUCAUAGAUUUUAUUUAUUUUAGUUGCUUAUGAAGUUUAAUAUAGUGGAUUAGCUUCAAUUGAUUAAGGUUUACCUCAUUUCUAAGCAAAUAUGCAAAUGCAGAGGAUUUUCCAUAACCUUUGUACAAUGCUAAUUUUGGUAUUGCUCUUCCUAAAUAAACCAGGUUCAGUAAUUGGGAAGAUGCCAAAAGGUGGGCCACCAGGUUGGGAAGUGGAAUUUGGAAUAACACUAAAAAUAGAGUUGGAGAUUGAUAUGCAUUCACAAAAUUAUAAUGAAAUUUCUGAGAGUGUUGAAGAAUUGGUGAGUUCUGCUGGUAGAAAAUCAGAAAUUGUUCAUCAACCAGAUAUAACUGCUUUAUUUAAUGCUCCAAUACUUGGAAAAUUGCCAAAAGGUCUAAGUCCAAAAUUGACAUUGGGAAUUGAAUUAACCCUAGGGAAAGAAUUGGAGUUGGAAUUGCAAUCAUCAAAUAUUAGUGCUAUUGUCAAGGAAUUAAAAGAAUUAGUGAAUUCAGCAAGAAAAACCCAAAACCAAGAGAUUUUUUUUUAGAGAAUGAAGCAAGGUCUUAGUAUUGUAGUACUUAAUUUUGUGCUCAUCCUUACAUUCAUCUUGAAGUUAUAUUAUUUUUUUUUUUAAAAAAAAAAUAUGCAAAUAUAUUAUACAUGUGGUAUUCCAUUUUAUGUAGACUUAUAGUCCAUUAUAUUUUGGUAUUAAUGAAAUUUCUACACUAUUUUAGGAAUUAGGAAUUUCAACUUGAA